AUGCAUAUACCCAUUGAAAUUGAUAAUCUAGAAUUGCUUAAAUCGUACACCAAGAAUGAUCUCGUGGGCGAUUGGAUAAUGUCACAAUUGAAAUUCACGAUACACCCAAGCAACACACUCCUACCGCGUAACUUACCUGCAACAAACGUAAUCAAUCAUAUUCCCUCAGCAGAUCGAUUAGAACAGCUAGUAGAGGAGCUAAUUAGGGCUAGAGAAUGUCUAAAUAUACUUGAAACCCGUCUAAACCUUGUCAAAGAUGGUAAAAUAUCCAAUUUGAUUAUGGGUGAACAUCUAUUCGAUAGUGAAGACGAGAUUGUGGAUAUCGGAUUGACAGAAUUCAAUCUCAGUAGUGAAGAGGGCGUUGAGGAUUUGAAAAAGGCAACAACAGAUACAUUACACCAACUAAGCAUGCUAGAAUCUCAAGCUGAACGUAUGGCUAUUCAAGUAAUGAAAUCGUAUGAAUCUGCUCAACAACACUAA